CGUGGCGUGCCGCGGGGACUUCCCCUGGGCUGAGCUGCGCAGCGGGAUUUUGGCCAAAUUGGGCGAGGGUACAAUAUUACCACUUACCCCUUCUCACCGAGGAAGAGCGGGAGAAAGGGUAUGGCACAGUCCCAAGGCUGGCUGAGAAGAUACUUCAAGGCCUUCUGUAAAGGCUUCUUUGUGGCAGUGCCCGUGGCAGUCACGUUCCUGGAUCGGGUCGCCUGCGUGGCGCGAGUGGAAGGAGCCUCCAUGCAGCCUUCUCUGAACCCCGGGGGCUGCCAGUCCUCUGAUGUGGUCCUACUGAACCACUGGAAGGUGAGGAAUUUUGAAGUCCAGCGUGGAGACAUUGUGUCACUGGUGUCUCCUAAAAACCCAGAACAGAAGAUCAUUAAGAGAGUGAUUGCUCUUGAAGGCGACAUUAUAAGAACCAUUGGACACAAAAACCGUUUGGUCAAAGUCCCCCGUGGUCACAUGUGGGUUGAAGGCGAUCACCAUGGACACAGUUUUGAUAGCAAUUCUUUUGGACCGGUUUCUCUGGGACUUCUGCAUGCUCAUGCCACACAUAUCUUGUGGCCUCCAGAGCGUUGGCAGAGACUGGAAUCUGUGCUUCCUCCAGAGCGCUUCCCAAUCCAUAGCAAUGAUGAGUGACCGCGUGAGAGGCCCAUCAUAGGAGGAGCUGCAGACACCAGAAGCAUCCUACCCAAGAGAUGCUCCAAUGAUGCUGAGCAAGAGACCUCUGUAUUUCUUUAAGGUGGUCUGGAAUUUCACAAAAAAAAAAAAAGAUUUUCAAUAU